AUUGCUUUGAGAUAUUGUAGAGCACAUGGGACCAGUUACCAACAAAUUCCAUUCAGCUCGUGGAAGUCCAAAUAUGGGGAAGUAUCUCGUGCUCUAUAUGAUCGUUGACUAUUUGUAAAGUACAGAUCAUAUACAACUCAGGGUAAUAUGCAUAACAAAGGAUUUACACCCAGCCGCUAACGAUGCGUAGGUAUAGUUGUUGUGGGCCGUUCCAUAGCAGGCGGUACGACGUAUUGCUGCAAUGACUGCGGUCGGUUUUCCCAAUGGUUAUGCCCGAUGGAUGUUCCCUCCACAAACAGAGCUCCUCGGUCUCGCCUUUUUCUUUUCUUCUUCUUCUCAACAAGAGCAUACAAACCCCCAUAGCUGUCACGUUGACCCAAGAAUGCCGGUGCGUCAAUUUAGAGAAGAUACAGCAAAAUGGUUGCCAUUAACAUUGCCUACACUGCGCCAACGCAAGUAUGGGCCGGACUGGAGCGCAAAGUCCGCCGCGCACAAGACUUCGUGCCUAUCAUCAUUUCCUGUGAUCUCCUGUCAGAAGAGCAGACCGAGAAGGGGUUCACUAUAACACGCAAGGUCAAAUUCAAGGGUGCAGGGCCCAAGGGUGAUGGAUCGUCUGUCACAGAAGUCUGCGCGCAUUAUGCGCCAUCGCGCGUAGACUUUGAGCAGGACAACGGCAGUUUUAUCAGCAAUAUCGUCAGUAAAGGUCCAGAUGGUGAAUUGUUGAUGACUUAUUCCUUUGCGUGGCUCCAUCCCGACGUUGCGGAAGGAAGCAAUGAAGUGGAGAAGUCAGAGGCAGAGCAUUGGAAGGUAAGAGCAAAUUUUUUUUUAAUGAUAGCAAGAGGUCUUGAAACAUACUGAUUGAAUUUUCAACAGACGGCUAAGAUGGCAGUUCACGGCAGUAUUGACACAAUUCGACGACUGGUUAAAGAUGGGGUGGUCAACUGAGGCGACUAACUUGAGGCUGUACAGUAUUCGGGUAUUGUUCAAUCGUCCGUUCUAAGGUAUAGAGUCGCGCUAAGAAGGGUUUGUUCAACAACAAGCUCGGCUAGCUCAGUUGGUUAGAG